UUGCUCGACUCAUCCGACGCGCAUUUUUCCAAGGAGCUCACGGCUUUGGAUUGCAUCCCUCAUCGGUACGUCAGCACCGUCCACCUCUUCUACGUUCGUGAUGGUCAGCAUGAAACAGACGACAUACUUAGAAACUCGGUACGUUGGCGAUUGACGAAUGUUGCUUCCUUAUCAUGUGUAUGCUUUUUUGUCAAUGACCUUUUUUCAGAUAACGUUCCUCACCUGUCUUGGUCUAGGUCCAAAGUCGUCAAUGAGGAAUACGUAUUUGACGGUCAGACUCACCUCAUUUACUGGUCAUCACCGUUUUCCGAAAUCGCCUUCGUUCUUCCUUCACCUCGUUCCCCAUGCAUUUCUUGUACGUGGUUUAAUUUAUUUUUUUGUUAA